CAAGGAUUGUGAGAAAGUCCAAAAGAAACACCGCGUUAGAUUUUCAAAAAGUGAACUGGAAAAUUGCGUUAGUAAUCAUUCAUAUCGUGGUUGAAAACUUAAGUUAUUCUGUAUAAAUACGGCCUCAUUUGUUGCCCUAAAAUGCUCCAAGUACAGUCUGCCAGUCUCUCUCUGGCCUGGACUGGCUCCCCAUUAUAUUCAUUCUGAUUGAUAUUUAGACUUUCUGUCCCUUUCACUCCUAUUUUUGCCGGUUCUGAAAAUGAAAUCCCAGAUGUUGAAACGCAACUGCCAAAGUUUCAUGUUUCUGGCCGCACUACUUCCUGUUUGUCUGGAACUGAUCGGCCACCAUGCUGCUUUGGCAGAGGUUACACAAAACACUUACAUUGUUCAAAUGGACCCCUCAAAAAGCUCCUCCCGUUUUGAAGAAGACCAUAUUGCCUGGUACGAGUCCACCCUCCAAUCUGUUUCUGAAACUACGGAUAAUGAUGACCAGAAGAAGGUUAUUAUGUAUGCCUACAAGAAUACUAUGGCUGGAUUCUCGGUUAGAUUAACGUCGGUGGAAGCUGAGGCCCUGCUAAAGCAUCCGGAGGUACUUGCCGUGCAGCUGGAUACCAAGUACGAGCUUCAUACCACCCGUACGCCGUUAUUUUUGGGCAUUGAAGAGAACCAGUACUUUUCCGCGGGGCCGAAAAAUCCGACGAUGAGUAAUGUUGUCGUCGGGGUGUUGGAUACAGGGGUAUGGCCGGAGAGUAAGAGUUUUGAUGACACUGGGUUUCCGCAGGUACCGAAGUCAUGGAAGGGAAAGUGUGAAAAUGGCUCCGAAUCCUUCUGCAACAAAAAGCUGAUCGGCGCGAUGUCCUUCCGAAAAAGUCACCAGCAGACGAAAGAGUCGCUGUCGCCACGAGAUGAAGACGGCCAUGGCACUCACACCGCUUCCACAGCUGCCGGAUCUCGAGUCACCGGUGCAAGCCUUUUCGGUUACGCCGCGGGAACUGCUCGGGGAAUGGCCCCAAGUGCUCGAGUGGCGGUGUACAAAGUCUGCUGGAAGGACGGCUGUUUCGGCUCCGACAUUCUGGCGGCCAUGGACCAGGCAAUUCAAGACAACGUCAACAUCCUAUCUUUGUCCCUUGGCGGCGGAGGCGGGGUUCCUUACGACAACGAUCCGAUUGCCAUUGGAUCUUUUGCUGCCAUGGAGAAGGGAAUCUUUGUCUCAUGCUCGGCCGGAAACAGUGGCCCUAAAUACGGCACCCUGUCCAACGUUGCGCCUUGGAUUACAACCGUCGGUGCCGGGACUCUGGACCGCAAUUUCCCAGCGUCAGUCAGGCUAGGCAACAAUAAGACAUUUCUAGGUGCUUCACUGUCUAAUGCCACGACGCUGCCUAAAACGAUGUUCCCGUUUAUCUACGGCGGGAACGCCAGCAAUAUCCACACCGACGGAAGUCUCUGUACGGAGGGCAGUUUGGAUCCGAAGAAGGUGAGGGGCAAAAUCGUACUUUGCGACCGCGGAGUAAAUGCUAGGACUGAAAAGGGUGAAGUGGUAAGAAACGCCGGCGGUGUGGGUAUGGUGUUGGCAAACACCGCCGAAAAUGGGGAAGAACUGGUGGCGGAUGCUCACUUGUUAACAGCCACGGCGGUGGGUGAAAGAGACGGUGAUAUAAUCAGGAGCUACUUCAUUAAUACUACAACCUUAACGGCCACUAUUAGCGUGGAGGGAACAAAACUGGGAAUAGAACCGUCCCCUGUAGUUGCGGCUUUCAGUUCGCGGGGCCCGAACACUGCCAACCCUGAAAUACUUAAACCGGACAUCAUCGCGCCCGGAGUCAACAUCUUAGCCGGGUGGACCGGCUCGGUGGGUCCAACCGGGUUAGAGGACGACUCGAGAAGUACGCCGUUCAACAUCAUCUCUGGCACGUCAAUGUCCUGCCCUCAUGUAAGUGGCCUAGCAGCCGUGCUCAAAAGUGCCCACCCCGAAUGGAGCCCAGCCGCGAUCCGCUCGGCUCUUAUGACCACCGCUUACAGCUCCUACAAGAGCGGCAAGCCACUGACCGACGCAGCAUCGGGACAGCCGGCAACUCCUUUAGCUUUCGGGGCGGGUCACGUUAACCCAACAGCGGCUCUGGAACCGGGUUUGGUGUACGACACGAACGUCGAAGAUUACCUAAAUUUCUUGUGUGCAUCGGGAUACAACUCGACUCAAAUCAAAACUAUAGCGCAAAGGAAAAGAAGCUUCAAUUGCCCCUCCGGCAAGAAACUCAGUGUCACAGAUCUGAACUACCCUUCCUUCGCCGUUAGGUUUGACAAAACAACCGGCACGGGCGGCGCAAGCUACACGAGAACACUCACCAACGUCGUGGAAAAACCCGGAACGUACAAUUACAAAGUCUCUGUUAUGUUAGAUAACAGCAAUUUCGUCAAAGUGUCGGUGCAACCGCAGUCCCUCUCGUUCGGUAAGCUGUACGACAAGAAAAUGUACACGGUAACUGUCAAUGCUACAGCUAAGGGGUUUCCGGUCGGGGGCAUCAUCUCCGGGAGAAUCACAUGGACUGAUGGGUACCAUAAUGUGGCAAGUCCCUUAGCCAUUUUUUUGUCAGAGUGACUUACUUCCCACCAUGCGGCAUAACGCAACAUACCUUCGCAUUUCAAUUUUGAUGUAUGCAUAUCUGUUAUACGUAGUACUUGUUUACUUUUGUACUCGGAUCGUUAUUUCCAUAUCAUUCGUGCGUAGUAUUUGUUUCAAUAUCAUCUUGUCGAGGUAUUAGUCCUAUCAAGGCCUCCCUUCCACUUAUUAUGUUAAGGUCUGCACCCUAUGUUUACUCCUACUUCCUACACUCUUAAUGAUCUAGCUAGCCUGGCAUUUCCUAGCUAUCCGCUGCCAACUCUUAUUGACUUGGUAUUAUUUGUCUCUUGGCCUCCUGACUUUUGCUAGCCUGUCUCGAGCCCCACCUUUGUUUGUCGUUGACACCCAUGAGCAAAUAAUAGCCUAAUAUAAUUGAGUGCUUCUCUUCUCUUUUUGAGUUCAAUGCAAUGAGCUCCUCUUCCUUCCUUUGUGUGUAGUUAGAGUGUGAGGGAGUGGUAAACAAGGUGAGUGGAGUGGCUAAACAAUCCUGGGGUGGUGUGUGUGAGUUGUUUUGGUUGGAGACCUGAGCUGAAAUAUACACCCAAUAGUCUUAGACUUUACUUUGUACUUCUUUCAAUAUAUUGUACUACGUAUAUGUUGUGUUUUACUCCACACUUUUUUGGUAUAUUUUUACACCACCCUACAUUUAUUCUACACGCUAAACUUUUCUUUAUGAAUGUAAAGACUUGCUACGUAUGUUAUACGCUAAACCUAAUUCAGUAUUGUGUGUAAUAGUUUCAAAAAGAGCCAUGGAAAAAAUAAACUUAUUAAGAGCUCGUUUAGUGACUUUGAUUUUGCGACUGAAUUGUAC